UUUAUGUUUUCCUGUAAUACUGUUGUUUUUCAUGAGUUUUUGUGAUAUCUUUAUAUUUCUUUCUCGAUCACUGAAAUAACAUGGAAAUGGUCCGAGGAUGUGAAGUAGAUGCAAAAACAUAAAUACAAAUGACAGCAGCUUCUGCAGACACUAAGAUGUGUGGACACUGAAUAUGUGGAAUACUAUGAACUGCAUCACUAUUACCUUUAUAUGAAAAAGCCCUGGUGUAAGUGAAUUGCCCUGUAAUGAGAUGAGAUCGGAUGCUCCCGGCUCCUUUGUGCUGUAGAUCUGAUCUGGCCGGACGUCUCCUGGAUCUCCACAUGGGAAGGUGCAGAUAUUUGCGGACACAUCUUCAGGUAUCGGACCUGCGGAGGAUUCUCCUCUUCAUAUAAAUCAUGUCUGAGAAGGCUGCAGGCGGGAGAAGUGACCUGUUCAUCUCUGCGGCUCUGUCCUCUGCCUCCCUGAAGAGCAAGAUGACCCUGAUCCAUAGUAAGAUAUCUGUAAAGAGGAGCAGCCGGACCGAGACUGCAGGGGAUCACUGCAGAUGUGCGCCCCCGUGCUCCCUCGGAAGCGGUCGGACCGUCAGAAGGAUCCUGGCAGCCUGUCUGGUCUCUCUGAUCACCCUCCUCGGCUCUGUCUCCAUUGACUUACACGACUGUAUAAAGGAAUGGAGGAACACCAGGAUCGCUCUUCAAGCCUUCUCCUCCUGUACUGUUCUUACCGCCAUACGGUUCUUAGAACUUCUCCGAGACCAGAGAAAAUUCUGCUGUUGGGACGACUUCAACUCUACCGACAUACACACCAUCUUAGUCCGCAAGAUGCACUUACUGUGCGGGGAGUCUCAAGAACUACAUCACGAGGACUUGAGAUGCCUGGAAGAAGCCAACGUACGUCCCGUCUGUGACUUAUUCCUAGACAAGGUUAUAGUCAAGCUUGUGAAUCAGUCCGACGUUGGUCACUUGUUCUCGAUGGUCACCGACCAGUUAUUCGGUGACCUAAGUGAGUCCGUCAAUCUGAAUAUGGUAAAGAAGAACCCGGAGUGGGCAGACAUGUUGUCUCUUCACCUUCUGAUGAGAGUCACCGAGGACCUUCAUCUCAUGGACCAUUCUAGUCCACUGCCAUCUCCUGACCUUUCACCUUUCCUGUAUCAGGUGACUAUGAAACUGAACUACGCCCUGUUCUUAUCGGAUACCAUGAAGACGUGCUGGGCGCACAAUAACAAUAUGUCAGUCUACUUGGGUCACUUCCAGGACGUGUCUUUUGUGAGGCCACUAUGUACAAACUCUUCAAGGUGCGCUAAUCCGGGACUGUCCACCGGCCUGACGUCCAUACAAAAAUGUUUAUUUUGGGAAGGUUUCGAGAAACUCAGGAAUAAGUCGAAAGAGACGUUGUCUACGCUCAGUUUGAAGGUGACGCUCCUGAGCGUGUCUUGUCUCAUAUACCCCAUCGUUCUGGUUUCGUUUAAGCAGAUGACGGAGUGGAUACAGAACUACGCCAGGAGCCUCAAGGAGAGGACGGAAGAUCUGAAAAAGGAGAGACGCUUGGCGGAGGAUCUGCUCCAUCAGAUGCUGCCCAAAUCUGUAGCCAAGCAGCUGAGGAAGAAUAAGCAUGUGGAGGCCGAAAGCUUCGAUCAGGUUACUAUCUUCUUUUCAGAUAUCGUGGGGUUCACUUCGAUUUCCGCUUCCUGCACCCCUCUACAGGUCGUGGAAAUGCUGAACAACUUGUACAUCUGCUUUGACAGUAGGAUAGAGUCCUACAAUGUGUAUAAGGUGGAAACAAUUGGUGACGCUUAUAUGGUGGUUAGUGGGUUACCGGAGAGGAACGAUGGAAAACACGCAGACGAAAUCGCAAAAAUGUCCCUGGACCUGGUGGCGGCCGUUCGGCAAGUGAUCAUUCCGCACAUGCCAAGUGAGAGGCUGCAGCUGAGGGUUGGAAUACACACCGGACCCUGUGUUGCUGGAGUUGUUGGAUACAAGAUGCCGCGCUACUGCCUGUUUGGCGACACAGUGAACACCGCCUCCCGGAUGGAAUCUACAAGCUUACCUCAGAAGAUUCACAUCAGUUCUGCCACCUACCAGGUCCUGCUCAUCGACAACGCUUACGAAAUCGAGCCCCGCGGGGAGAUUGAAGUGAAGGGCAAAGGGAAAAUGAAGACCUAUUGGCUCAUUGGAAACAAGAACUACAGUGUGCAGAAUGACAGUCUGGUCUGCCACUGGAACCCCGAAAUCUCCAGGCGGAAGAAGAUGGAGAGCAGCCUGGGGUCCGGACUCCAGUCACUAUCCAGCAAUAUCCCAUCAGAUACAAGCCGGGUGAACACACCUCGAAUUCAGGAGGAGUUGUCUAUACAAGAUGGCGGCACCGGACCCCAAACUUCUUCCCCAAAAACUGAGGAGACAAUGACCGGAAAUGAGCCACAGAGCAAAUUCCCAACUCUGGAACUAGUGGUCCCUGUACGGUCAGAUCUGGAGUCCCCCAGACGCAGCACAUUAGAGAAGACCGUGGUCCUUCCAGGAUUUGUAGAAGAGUCCCUAUAAUGGUGCAGGAUUCCCAUUCAGAAGAAUUGUGUAGCAGCAGAAUGCAAGGCCUGUCCAUUAGGCUCAGUUGGCCUGUGCCUAGGGGCACCAGAGGUUGGGAGCCCAUCCUAAUAAAGUGCUCUUUGUGAAAGGGGCGGAGCCAUGAAAUGGGGGGUGUGGCUUAAGGCAACAAUGUACUUAUGCCAACAGUCUGAUAAGAUGUGGCCGAGUUAAGUAAAGUGGCUUUUUCGGCUGUUGCGAAACUACAACUCCCAGCAUGCUGUGACAGUCACAGGCUAUUGAGGCAUGCCGGAAGUCUGAGUUCUCUAAAACCUGAAAUGCUACAAGAAGAAACCCACUAGAUAGGUAGAUUAGGCCGGAGUAAUGAAGAAAACUGUGUCCCUGUAAUGGGACCCUUCGCACAAGGACACCCUUUUCUGCUUUAAAACCGGCUCCCCCUCACUCCCUAACCCCUAACCCUAAUACUAACCUCUAGCCCUAAUCCUAGCCCCUAAUUCUAACCCCUGAUCCUAACCCUUAACCCUAAUCCUAACCCUGACCCUUAACCCUAAUCCUAACCCCUAAUUCUAACCCCUGAUCCUAACCCUUAACCCUAAUCCUAACCCCUGAUCCUAACCCUUAACCCUAAUCCUAACCCUGACCCUUAACUCUAAUCCUAACCCUUAACCUUAAUCCUAACCCCUAACCUUAAUUUAAUUUUGUCCAGCCCAUUUUUGGAGUUUGGUGACAUUAUGUCCAAUUAGCUUUUUUUCCUCCCUUUUUUGGUUUAGUCCCAAUACACACAAAGGGAAUAAACAUGUGUAUAGCAAAACAUGUGUUACUGCAAUCCUUUCCUGUGAGAGAUACUCAAUUUUCUUGAAAAACUUCAGGGGUGCCAACAUUUACAGCCGUGACUGUAAAUGGUGCUCAAGCAGGUGCUGGAAAAAAAUGAUAUACGGUACUUACUUUCCCCACUACCCUGCCGCCGCUGUGCA